AUGUUGACGACGAUUCAAGCGACAACUUUUCAUCUCGCAUCCAGACAAAGCACUACGACGACUACAUUUUCGAGAAGAUUAUCAUCAAACAACAGAAAGAUAUCGUCAUCAAUGACGACCACGAAAGCGCAAAUGUCGCAAGACGAGCUGAAAAAACUCGUCGGGUAUAAAUCGGUGGACGAUCACGUCCUCUCAGGGAUGGUUGUUGGUUUAGGCACCGGAUCGACGGCGUAUUUUGCCGUCGAACGGUUGGGGCAAAAGUUGAAAUCCGGGGAGUUGAAAGAUAUCGUGGCUAUUCCAACCUCGGAACGAACGCGAGAGCAAGCGGAAAGCCUGGGCAUUCCUUUGUGCACGCUGAACGAGAAGAGUAAGUUGGACGUGGCGAUUGAUGGAGCGGAUGAAGUCGACCCGGACUUGGCGUUGGUGAAAGGCGGCGGUGGUGCGCUUUUGAGAGAGAAGAUGGUGGAAGUGAUGGCGAAGAAGUUCAUCGUCAUCGUCGACGAAUCCAAGUUGUGCAAAGGGUUAGGUCCGGGGUUUCCGUUGCCGGUGGAAAUUACCCCGUUUUGUCACGAGCACACGGCGAGGACAAUCGCGGAGUUGCCGAGUUUAGCUGGGUGUGAAGCAGUUAUUCGCAUGGGCUCGAGCUCGACGAACAAGCCGGACGGCGAUAACGUCGCCGUCACCGACAACGGGAACUACAUCGUCGAUUUACACUUUAAGGCGCCGAUUAAGGACGUGAACAAAGCCGCGAGCGAUUUGAAAAAUACCGUUGGUGUCGUCGAUCACGGUUUGUUCGUUGGGAUGAGUUACCAAGUCAUCGUGGCCGGUUCGGAUGGUAUUCGAGUGGCUGGCACGGAUGGCGAGAAAGCUUGGUGGUAA